ACACUCCAACAGACAUGUUUAUGUGUAUCCAGAUGCGACAGCCUGGCAGUAGAUAGGCUAUAGGCAUACCAGAACAUAGGCAUACUAAAACACCCCCUCUCCUCUCAGAGUGUUUUGGUACCCGGUGAAAGAGGAGGGAUCCCCUCUCUCUCUCCAAGAUACUAGAACACCCUCUCUCCUCUCAGGGAAAGAUUGCAGCCCUCCCAAAAGAGAGGGAAGAGGCCUACAUUUGCUUGGAAAAGCUCCUCCUUCUCUGAUUUUGGAGAAACGUGUGAAAAGAAAAGGUGGUGGAAAGUGUGUAAAUGCAUCCUUAUAAGAUAGCAGUCAAAGCUAAUAAAUUUAUCGGAGAAAAAUAAAUCCCGCUUUCUCACAGUUUAAACUGAAAGAUAAUAACAAGAAUAAUAAGCACAUCUGCUCGCUCUCGUGAAGUGAUGAACCCUCAAAGCUGUUUCCACGUUAGAUUGUCACGAGCAGAGAUAAUUUUCACACACACUUGAAAUUACUGUCGAUUCUUAAAGAGAUAAUCUUACGCUCAAUAGAUCUCACAAGGGUAUCUGUGCGGCAAACGCGCAGGUAUACACAUUUCCUCGACCGCGUGCUUACAUACGGAGAUAAUCUUAUUCAUAGCACAAUAGAUCUCAUACGGGUAUCUGUCGGACUUCUUGCCCGACACGCGCGCAGGUAUACAUAUUUCUGCAUGCUUACCUGCACGUGCGUAUACACAUCGGACCACCUUUCUCACAAUCUCACUCUGAUGUAAUUCCUCAACCCCGCAUGCUUAUCUGCGCGUACAUAUCCCCUUCUCGCUCUGGCAUACAUAUUUUCCCGACCGCUUGCUAGCCUACGCGCAAGUAUACACAUCUGGCUGAUUCUCUGAUUUUCGAGAAACGUGUGAAAAGCGAAGGUGGCGGAAAGUGUAUAAAUGCAUCCUUAUAAGAUAGCAGUCAAAGCUAAUAAAUUUAUCGGAGAAAAAUAAAUCCCACUUUCUCACAGUUUAAACUGAAAGAUAAUAACAAGAAUAAUAAGCACAUCUGCUCGCUCUCGUGAAGUGAUAAACCCUCAAAGCUGUUUCCACGUUAGAUUGUCAUGAGCAGAGAUAAUUUUCACACACACUUGAAAUUACUGUCGAUUCUUAAAGAGAUAAUCUUACGCUCAAUAGAUCUCACAGGGGUAUCUGUGCUGCAAACGCGCAGGUAUACACAUUUCCUCGACCGCGUGCUUACAUACGGAGAUAAUCUUUUUCAUAGCACAAUAGAUCUCAUACGGGUAUCUGUCGGACUUCUUGUCCGACACGCGCGCAGGUAUACAUAUUUCCGCAUGCUUACCUGCACGUGCGUAUACACAUCUGACCCGUCCUCUUCUCGCUUAGACAUACAUAUUUUCCCGACCGCUUGCUAGCCUAUGCGCAAGUAUACAGAUCUGGCUGAUUGCUUGCAGAUUAGCAGAUAGAUUAUCCGCCAAGUUAAUAUGUGCAUGUGUGCGUUUCAAGAACUAGGAUUUUGAAUUUUCACACAGAUAAGUCGGAUACGUGCUGAAGACUCUCGCAUGAAAAUUUAAGAUAUGGACAGUCAACAAUGAUCGCUCUCUCUCUCUCUCUCUCUCUCUCUCUCUCUCUCUCUCUCUUUCUCUCUCUCUCUCCAAGAAAGCGUAGGUGUGUACUCGAGUGAUUGAGGGAUGGUCAAAUUUUGCUGAGAGGGAGGAGAUUUUGAAAAUUCCGGUGGGAAGUGUCUAAGAGAGGUUCUAUGAGAAGAAAGUGGAAAUUUUUCGCAAAUCGAAGGACUUUUGGUAAUUGAAGUGGAAAGGGAAGCUUCGCUGUCCACCCUAUUUAAGGACCUGGUGCAUGCUUCGUCAGUCAGUUCACUCUUCGUUUUCAAGUUCAUUCUUCAAUUCAAUGUGUGAGAAGAUGGAAGGAAUCAACGACAGCAUGAAGGCAGCUUUUGAGAAGGUCAACGGCUAUAGAACAAUUGUCCAUCACUUUAAUGUGGCAUGGCAGUUGAUGUCCUGGACAUCGAAUGGAAUUAAUGAUGAUUUCAUUUUGAGAAAGUGUAAGUGUUAUUUUUUUUACAUUAGUUUAGAUUGUAUUUGUAACAUUUUUUUAAAUUUAAUUAUUUUUGUUAUAUUCUUCAGCUCUACCAGCCGAUUUAACUGCUGCGAUGAAGCAGCUGAAUGAGGGUGCGCUCACCUCACCAGAGUCGCAACAACAGCAGUAACUUCCGUCGAUUGGUGUGAUGCAGCAGAUGUUUAAAAGUAUAUCAUCCUUAUCAGAGAUGCACCAUCAGCAGCAGCUUCCACAGGAGCAAAACUCGCAGCAACAAGCAGCAGAAGUCGCAUCCGCAGCCAAAGCCGCAGCAGAAGCCGCAACCACAGCCAAAGCCGCAGCAGAAGCCAAAGCAGCAGUCGCAGCCAAAGCCACAGCAGAAGCCAAAGCAUCAGAAGCCGCAACCACAGCAGAAGCCGCAUCCGCAGCCAAAGUCGCAGUCACAGCACCAGCUAGGAAGCCACUCAGGGACCCUCGCUCUCCGCCGGCAGCCAAAAGUGAUCGCCCUUCUACGUCUUCGAAAAGCGAUCGCAAUCACUCGUCAUCAAAAAGCGAUCGCCAUCACUCGUCAUCAAAAAAAAGCGAUCGCCAUUGGUCAUCUUCGAGAAACGAGCACCAUCGCUCAUCUUCGAGAAACGACCGCACUUCUGUACCAAGCGAUCACCACACAAGUACGGCAAGCACGAGGGCUGAUUGCCAAGCGUUGAAUACAUCUGUUUGCGCUGUUGAGCAUUUACAGCCUCCUCUACGAUCCGUAAUAGCAUCCAAGGGGAUUAGGCUAUCACAAUCUUCAAGGGCGAGAUCAAGCUCGCGUUCAGGCUCAAGCUCGAGUGCAGGCUCAAGCUCGAGUUCUGGCUCGAGCACCAGCUCGGGAUCCAGGUCGGGAUGUGGCUCUGACAAAAGUUCAAGAAAGAGGAAAUCUGAUGAUGAAGCAAUCAAUGGUAUAGGUGGUAAAAGGAUGACAUUCACAUCAUCUCAAGAGAGCGAAAAAUCAGCAGAAAAGAAGGAACGGAGAAAACUUUCGUUGUCUUUAAAAAAGACUGAUCUACCACCACCAUCUCCGCGACAGCAGCCAUCACCACAGCCUCUCUAUCCUGCAGAUCAGCCGAUGCCACUUCAGUAUCAAGCAGAUCAACCGAGCCACUGCAGCAUCAACAAGAACAGCAAAUGCCACUACAGCAACGAGCACGACCGCGUAUAUUGCAAGACGAAAUACUCAACGAUCCGCUUAUCGUGUUCGAUAAGAAAGCAAAUAUGCGAAAAAUCUGAAUGAUA